UUCAUGAUCCCCAAAAAAGAGAUAAACAUGGUUUCCGACAUGGCCAAGUGGAAGCGCUCUCAGGCAUACGCGGAUUACAUGGGCUUCAUCCUCACUCUGAACGAAGGUGUCAGGGGCAAGAAGCUGACCUGCGAAUACAAAGUUUCAGAGGUAGGAGAAGCUUACGAACAGACAGAAGCUGGUGCAUGUCAGCUCAAGGCAUGUCACUGCGUGGACCUGCCUCGCCGAGGGCUGAUUGUCCCUUCUGAGCCCAUUGAAAAGCUGGUGGCCCUUCUGAACACCCUUGACAGAUGGAUCGAUGAAACCCCGCCAGUGGAUCAACCUUCUCGCUUUGGGAACAAAGCCUUCAGGACCUGGUACGCCAAACUAGACCAGGAAGCAGAAAAGUUGGUGGCAACAGUGAUCCCCAAGCAUUUGGCUGACGCUGCACCCGAAGUGGCUGUAUACCUGAAGGAAUCCGUGGGGAACUCCACCCGCAUUGACUAUGGCACAGGGCACGAAGCUGCGUUUGCAGCCUUCCUCUGCUGCCUCUGCAAAAUCGGUGUGCUCAGAGUGGAUGACCAGAUGGCCAUCGUCUUUAAAGUAUUUAACAGGUACCUAGAAGUGAUGCGAAAACUUCAGAAGACCUACAGGAUGGAACCUGCUGGCAGCCAGGGCGUGUGGGGCUUGGAUGACUUCCAAUUUCUACCUUUCAUAUGGGGCAGUUCCCAGCUGAUAGACCAUCCAAAUCUGGAGCCUCGACACUUUGUUGAUGAGAAGGUGGUAAACGAAAACCAUAAGGACUUCAUGUUCCUGGAGUGCAUCCUUUUCAUUACAGAGAUGAAGACGGGCCCCUUUGCCGAGCACUCCAACCAGCUCUGGAACAUCAGUGCCGUGCCAUCCUGGUCCAAGGUCAACCAGGGCCUCAUCCGCAUGUACAAGGCAGAGUGCCUGGAGAAGUUUCCUGUAAUCCAGCACUUUAAGUUCGGCAGCCUGCUCCCCAUCCAGCCUGUGACGUCCUAAGGAGACCGCAGGAGGAGUCGAGGCAGCGGAGGCGUAGCGCAGCGCUCUUCCUCCUCCCCUCACCCCCUCCUCAUCACCUUGCCCGUUACGCACAGCCCAUUCAUUCCUGCGCAUCCUCUUUGGCAACCACAGAUCCAAAGCACUCGCCAGCCUUGCACAGGAGACGAGACCUGGAGCGGCUCCUCCUGCACAUCCCCAGCACGGGGAUGUCUCUCCAGCGACCAAGCUGGGGCUGUGCUUCUCCAGAAGCUCUGCUGCAUCCACGGGAAAUGUGACUGCCGUGUACGGCUCUGGGCGUGUGAACGGGGUUUGAGCAGGGGCUACCUUGCAGCAAAGGCCCUCUGCUUCCCUUCCCGGGAGGAAGGGGGUGUGGAGGGGAGGAAGGCACGUGUGUAUGUGUUGGGCAGUGGUAACUGCAAUUUCCCUUUUG